AUGUCCACAGAAACCAUCACUGAGCCAGAAGGACAGCCUAAGCCACUAGCAGUUGCCCCCAUUAAGAAAAAGAAAUCAAAGAGCAAAUCAGCCUUCAUAGUGACUGAGGAGGAGGCAGCAGGACCUUUGCACCCAGUGCAUGAGGCAUCAGUCCCAGAGAUCGUUGCUCGGUCUCUAUCCCUGGAGCAUGGAGAAGACAUGAGGAAGUGGGAUGGAAAACCCAUCUCUUCCUUAGCUGCCCAGGUACAUGAACUGAAAAUAGGAACAAUGACUGCAAGAAGCUUAUCUAGGGUCAAUGCUCAAUCUCUUGUAGACAGAACUCCAGGUGGUAGAGGAAAGGGAUGUGGAUCCAACGACCUGGUACAUCUGACCCACAAACGUAUACAGCUUUGGAUGACACCAGUCUCAACGUACCCUGAUGCCACCAAGCAACAGUGCACCAUCAGCAAUACCACACCAACAGAGACUGUGAUUCCUAUCCAUAAGAUGAUUUGUGAACUGGAGCACCAAGGGAUGGUCAGCAAGACUCAUUCACCCUUUAACAGCCCUAUAUGGCCAGUAUGCAAGUCCACUGCACCACCACUGAGUGCUGCAGUACCAGACAUGCUGGAGCUUCACUAUGAGCUAGAGUCCAAGGCAGCAAAGUGGGACAAAUCAGAAAUGGAAAGUUACUGUAUGGGGCUCUACAUGGGCAAGUUGCACAAGCUACUGAGGAACAAGGUGGAUCAAAUAAGGGUGCAGACCUUAAAGCUGGCUUUGGAUGUAGCCAAACAAGGGAAGUGGCUGAGGCUCUAUCCCUACACUUACUCUUGGAUGUAUUGGUGUCAUUCCGUUGAAGUCACCCAGGACCUUCUUGAGUCAGAAGAGGAGCACCAAGAAAUGGGUAGAAUAAGUUGUUUCAUGGACCUUCCUACCUGUGAACUCUCCAGACUUGGAGAGAUUGCAGACCUAGUGACCUCUGUUUGCCUAUCACGCAUCCAUAAGGGAAAGCUUGCACUGGCCUUGAGGAAUGAAGGCUAUAUUCCAAAGCUGCUACAGCUUUUCCAAGUCUGUGAGCGUGUAAAGAACACCGAAGGCUUGCAUCUUCUGUUUGAAAUUGUGAGAGGAAUUCUGUACCUGGACAAAGCCAUUCUGUUUGAGGUGAUGUUUUCUGACGAGUGUAUUCUGGAUGUUGUCGGAUGCCUUGAGUAUGAUCCUUGUUUGGCUCAGCCAGGAUGGCACAGGGAAUCCUUGACCAAAAGAGCAAAGCUUCAGGAGGUUAUUCCUACCAGAGACCCUGAACUCAGGCAAAAAAUCCACCAGGCAUCCAGGGCACAGUAUAUUCAGGCCAUCAUAAUGCCUAAUCCAUCGGAUUUUGAAGAGGGUUUUCUUUCUAACCUCAAUUCCUUUAUCAGCUCCAGCAAAGAGGAGAUUUUACAUGGGUUGCAGAAGGAUGAGGAAUUUUUGCCUGAAGUUUUUGCACAAUUAACAAAUGAAGCUACAACUGGCGAGCAACAAUGUGAAUUGAUAAAGUUUUUCAAGGAAUUCUGUGCCUUUUCUUUUAUGCUACCUGAGAAAAGAGAUGAAUUUCUUCAAACUUUGGCAAAGUUGGGAUUUCUUCCAACUCUUGAAAUGUUAAUGGGAGUGGAUGAUCUGCAAGUUAGAUCUGCUGCUACAGAUAUAUUGUCUUAUCUGGCAGAAUUUAGUCCAGCCAUGGUCCAAGAAUUUGUAAUGCAAGAAGCCCGACAGAGUGAGAAUGAUACCCAACUCAUCAUUCAGGUCAUUAGGCAGCUAAUCUGUAGUUCCGACCCUGAAUUUGGAGGUGACAAUCAGUUAAUGGAGAUUUUGUAUGCACUGAUCGAUCCAGAGAAAAUGCUGGCCACAGCUAGUAAUUUAGAAAUAUUUGAAUUUCUCGAUAUCUUCUACGACCGUUACAUUCAUGUUCUUACUGCACCGCUUCUGGCUGUUACAUCAGAAGAAUGUUAUGAAAUAGAUAACUAUCAAACAGCAGAAAUACUUGCCUCAGUUUUGGAGCUUCUGUCUUUUUGUGUGGAACAGCACAAGUAUCACAUGAAGAAUUACAUUAUGAACAAAGAUUUCCUAAGAAGAACACUGGUCUUGAUGAAAUCCAAACACAAAUUUCUGGCCUUGUGUGCUCUUCGCUUUAUGAGAAGGAUAAUUGGCCUGAAAGAUGAACUUUAUAACCGUUACAUCACUCUGGGAAACCUGUUUGAACCAGUUGUAAAUGCUGUGUUGGACAGCAGGAACAGGUGCAACCUGCUCAACUCUGCCUUGCUGGAGCUGUUUGAAUUCAUCCGAAUGGAGGAUAUUCAGUUCCUUAUUUCACAUAUAGUUGAGAACUUCUCUGAUGCACUGGAAUCUCUCAAAUACAUUCACACAUUCCAGGAACUGAAGACAAAAUAUGAGCAAGAAAAAGACCAGCAAAACAAGAAACCAAACAGUGUCCCCUCCAUAUUGCCUGGUGAGACAUUUGUCAAAGAAACAAUAAGCUUAGAGGUGGAUGAAGAUCUGCAGUUCAGUGAAGGUGAAGAGAAGGCAGCUCCAAUGCCACUAGCAAGCUCCAAUGGCUCCUAUCCAGCCCUGGCCACAGCGGUGACAGACCCCAAGGUGGGAGAUAACUUUUAUGGAGGCUCCUAUCCUCAUAGAGGUCUAUUUGAAAUAUUUGGUUAUCCAGAUGAUGAAGAUCAUGAGACACCUCCAAAGAAAAGAGCUCGCCUGGAUUCCUAA